CAUGGCGGCUUCUCUUCAUAUAUCCGGACCAAAGACAAGAAAAGGCGGAGACUUGUACGUCUCGCCCGAUUCCCUUUGCUUCCCCCCACCAUCCUCCUCCCCCUCCACCGAUCUGCGCACGCCAUCCACCUUCCCCGGAUCCCCCUCCGGCAGCGCUCCUCCCCCUUCUCCCUAAUCCGCCGGAGCCCAGCCGGCGCCCGCCAUGAGCGCCUCCGAGUACGACUACCUCUUCAAGCUGCUCCUCAUCGGCGACUCCUCCGUCGGCAAGUCCUGCCUCCUCCUCCGCUUCGCCGACGAUGCGUACGUCGACACCUACAUCAGCACCAUCGGAGUUGAUUUCAAAAUACGGACAGUCGAGCUGGAUGGCAAGUCGGUGAAGCUGCAGAUUUGGGACACAGCAGGCCAGGAAAGGUUCAGGACAAUAACUAGCAGUUACUACCGGGGAGCGCAUGGAAUCAUUAUCGUAUAUGACGUGACAGAUAGGGAAAGCUUCAACAAUGUCAAGCAGUGGUUGAGUGAGAUUGAUAGGUAUGCCAGUGACAGUGUGUGCAAGCUUCUAGUCGGGAACAAAUGUGAUUUGGUUGAUAGUAAGGUCGUCGAUACAGAGGAGGCCAAGGCUUUUGCAGAAUCAUUAGGAAUGAAUUUCCUGGAGACAAGUGCAAAGGAGUCCAUCAAUGUGGAGACAGCUUUCUUAACCAUGUCAUCAGAAAUCAAGAACAAGAUGGCGAGCCAACCUGCAGCGGAGAGGAAAUCGACGGUCCAUGUUCACAUGAAAGGGCAGCCCAUACAGCAGCAGCAGAGCAGCUGCUGCUCCUGAUAAGCUCAGCAAGGCUCCAUCCAUACACCUCACCUCAUGAUAUCUGCUUGAGUGGCUGGAGGCUAGAAGAUUCACCAUGAAAGGCUGGGGAGGGCAGUGAACUGGAUAUAUAUACUGAAUACAGAAUUUGUCUACAUCAGAAAUUGUGUUGCUACUUACUGUUUAAUGUACCCGUCACAGUUGGAGCUUGUUAUGGAAUCUCAUUAGUCGUUACUUCGUCAGUGUUUUAGAAGCAUUUGAUGGAUCUUAGAUGACAAAAAUUGUAUGAAAAUAUGGUUAAUUCAAGCUUGUCGGUCAUCAUCCUGUCAUCUUUUAGAAAAGGCCCAUAUAUUGUUGCUAA